UCAAUUCAUCAAAAUCUUCUCUUCUUCCUCCCUCCACACAACAAACAAGACUUUUCCUUUGUCUUGUUCCCGGAUCGAACUUCCAUUCUCAAAAUUCUCUCUUCCUUUUUCUAGAAAUCAAGAAGGAAGAAGAAGAGAAAUGGGUGGUCACGGAGAAGGAGUGUCGCUUGAAUUCACUCCGACGUGGGUCGUCGCCGGAGUUUGUACCAUCAUCGUCGCCAUCUCUCUGGCCGUGGAGCGUCUGCUUCACCAUUUCGGUACUGUUCUCAAGAAGAAGAAGCAGAAACCCCUUUACGAAGCCCUUCAAAAGGUUAAAGAAGAGCUGAUGUUGUUAGGGUUCAUAUCUUUGUUACUGACCGUAACUCAAGGGUUCAUCUCCAAGUUCUGUGUGAAAGAGGAUGUGCUAAUGCAUAUGCUUCCAUGUUCAAAACAUGAAGCUGUGUCGAGUAAACAACACGAAAACGCGACAACAACUGAACACUUUCAGUCCUUUCUCCCUAUUGUUGGAACCACUAGGCGCCUACUAGCUGAACACGCUGCUGCUGAAGCUGGUUACUGUGGCCAAAAGGGUAAAGUACCGUUGCUUUCCCUUGAGGCGUUGCACCAUCUACACAUCUUCAUCUUCGUCCUCGCCAUUUCUCAUGUCACAUUCUGUGCUCUCACUGUGGUUUUUGGAAGCACCAGGAUCCACCAAUGGAAGAAGUGGGAGGAUGCGCUUGCAGACGAGAACUUUGACACAGAAGCAGCUCUUAAGAAGAAAAGAAAGGUCACUCAUGUACACCAACAUGCUUUUAUCAAAGAGCAUUUCCUUGGCAUUGGUAAAGAUUCAUUCUUCCUCGGAUGGACGCAAUCAUUUUUCAAGCAGUUCUAUGGAUCUGUGACUAAAGCAGAUUAUGUGACUUUGCGCCUUGGUUUCAUUAUGACUCAUUGCAAAGGAAACCCAAAGCUUAACUUCCACAAGUACAUGAUGCGUGCUCUUGAGGAUGAUUUCAAACAAGUUGUUGGUAUUAGUUGGUAUCUUUGGAUCUUCGUUGUCAUCUUCUUGCUGCUUAAUGUUAAUGGAUGGCACACAUACUUCUGGAUAGCUUUCAUUCCCUUCAUUCUGCUACUUGCUGUGGGAACAAAGUUGGAGCAUGUGAUAUCACAGUUAGCUCAUGAGGUUGCAGAGAAACAUGUAGCCAUUGAAGGAGAUUUAGUGGUGAAGCCAUCAGAUGAGCAUUUCUGGUUCAGCAAACCUCAAGCUGUACUCUUCUUGAUUCAUUUCAUCCUCUUCCAGAAUGCUUUCGAGAUUGCCUUCUUCUUUUGGAUUUGGGUUACAUAUGGAUUCGAUUCUUGCAUUAUGGGACAAGUGAGAUACAUUGUGCCACGAUUGGUUAUCGGAGUCUUCAUUCAAGUGCUUUGCAGUUACAGUACACUGCCUCUUUACGCCCUUGUCUCACAGAUGGGAAGUAACUUCAAGAAAGCGAUAUUUGAGGAGAAUGUGCAGGUUGGUCUUGUUGGUUGGGCACAGAAAGUGAAGAACAAGAGAGAGCUAAAAGCUGCUGCAGCAGCUAGUAAUGGGAACGAAGGAAGCUCUCAGGCUGCUCCUGAUACUCCUGGUUCUGGUUCUGGUCCUGCUCCUGGAGCUAGUGGUGGUGCAGGGUUUGCAGGCAUUCAGCUCAGCAGGUUAACAAGAAACAACGCAGGGGAGACACAAGAUGAGAUUACACCUGCGACUCAUAACAACAACAAUUGAGUAGAGAGAUAUCUUGUCUUCCUUGAAAAGCUCAUCGUCAGAUUUAGCUUCCAUAUGUGGUUUUAUUGCUAUACACUUAGAGUGGCUUGAUUUUAUAUUUUUUUUGUUGUUAGCACGUUUAAAAUCUUGUUGCAUUAAGAGUUUGGGUUGGGAUCUGUUUGUAUAGAUUAAAUUGUUUUGAACGUUGUACCUGGGGGUGGUGCCCAGUGUUCAGUGAAGAUUUCGGUUUAGUUAUUUUUAA